GAGCAUAAAAUCUAACUCCUUUUGUCCUCCACAAUUGUAUUGAUGAAAGUGAGAGUGCAUAAAUACUAGCUCGGAUAAUGGCCGGCCUGAUAGCCCCCCUGUUUCUCUCUCAAACAAGAAAGAGACCCUGUCUUCUCCGCCUGCACUGACUUCUGCAUUUUCCAUUGUUUCUUUAUUGGUCCUUUUGCAGUGGCUUUUACUUCUUUAUAUUCCACUUGUCUCCCUAUUUCUCCCCCUUUAACUUUCCCUCUCCUGUUUCUCUCUCUGCAAUUCAAAAUUAAACCGUGUUCUUGCUAUAUAAAUCUCACUUUCUGCACCCUUUGUUACUUCUCAGGAGGACCCAAACGGUGUUUGAAUUAGAAAAGUUUCAUUUUGUAUUAUCUUUCAAGCCAUGGAGAGUACUGCAAUUAACUGUGAUGAUGAAGAAAAAUGGGAAGCCGAGGAAGAAGAAGCAUUGUCAUUGUGUGAUCUGCCAGUAAAUUUGAUUAAAGAAGAGAACCAAGUCCAACCCAGGAAUGAGGAAGAUGGUGAAUCCCAAGCAAUUAAAGCAGAAGAAGAUUUCAACUUUGGCUCAUGGGGUGGCUCUCUAUCAACAGAACCAGAAAUGUGUGCAGCUGAUGAAGUGUUCUUUAAAGGCCAAAUUCUACCCCUUCGUUUCUCAGUUAGUUCAGACAGCGGCCUAACAGGGUGCCGCCAAGACAGCCAGAACACUAGUCGGUGCUUGUCAAGGUCAGAGUCCAUGGACCAUGGUUCGUUAAGUAGGUUCACAAGUGUUAGUAGCAGCAGCACUAGAAGUAGUCAUUACUCAAUAAGUAGCAGCAAUUCCAUCACGGUUACAGCAAGAAAUUUCAGUUCAAUUACCAAUUCCAGUUCCAGUUCCAGUUCCAAUUCCAAGUCAAAGCCAAUUAAAAUCAGAAACAACUUCAACACACAUCCAAGUCCAAAACCCCAGAUAAGAUUGUCCAAAACUCGGCCAGUAAAUUUCAAUAGCCGAAACCAGAAAUCAUCAAUGUGGGAUUUUUUCAGGUUAGGUUUGGUUCGAGCACCAGAACUUGAAUUAAAUGACUUGAAAGUUCGUAGCAACAACAAUAAUGCUAAUAGAAAUUCUGUCAGCCGAAACAGUAGUUGUAAUAGCAGUAAUAGCAGUUCAAGCACCACCAAGAACAGCAGCAAGAAGAUUGUUAACAACAGCGGUGAUCAAGUUGCAAAGAACCAGCAAGAUUCGAACAAAGGGUUCUUACAAAAGAGAAUAGGGUUGUUUAGUGGAUGUAAAUGUUCAGUUAAUGCAGUUGAAACAGUUCCAUUGAACAACAUAGUCAUCAUCAAAAGUAACAAGAACAGUGAGAACGAGAAAGCAAAGUCGUAUGCGGCCUUGGAAGAGAAAAAAAAGCUGCUGCAAGAAUUGAUGAUGAAGAAGAAAAUGAAAGAAAAGGAAAAAGAAAAGCAAGAAGGAAAACAAGCUUUGUCACGUCAUCGAACGUUUGAAUGGCUAAAGGAGCUUUCACAUGCAAGCUAUGUUGAUGAGGCUUAAAGAAAGACUCAUGAACAAUCCCUCGCAUGCUUCCUU